AGACGAAAGGUGUGAACGACAGAGGCGAAAAGCCAGUCCGCAAAACAUCCUGCGGACAGUUCCCUUCACGGAGCGCUUCUAAACUUUUGCACAAACCCCCGAGAAGCGACAGAAAUGCAACGGCUGGAGAGGUGCGGCGGACACACAGACGGCGACGGCCACUCUGGCGCGGAUCACGUAUCGACAACGUGGCAGGAAAGCUUCUUUGUCCUCUCCAGCCACCCGCUUAAGUUCCUCUGCAUCGACAAGUGCUAACUGGGGUUACACCACCGUUGGACUUCGAGACACCGCGACACGACACACGAAUGCGCCGAACUCUGAACUGGCAUGUCUGCGUCGAGAUUCCGUAGGCGGGCGACACUGAGAAUGCGUUCUUGGGGAAUAGCUGAGAAUCCGUGGUCAGAAACACAAGUGUGAGUGUGCGAGUUCACAGCCUGCGUACUAAAUGAACGUGAAGCGCCCAGCGAGUUGCUGUCCCGUGGCCGUCCCGGUGCUAACGCAUUUUGAACGGCACACCCUUCACGGAAACUCGCCUUCUUCGGUUGGCAUUUUUCCAUACAGUCAAAAAAUCAACUUGGGAUGUCUUGUGGUGGAGUACACGUGGCGGAGAAAAUUCACCUCCGGUGGGCAUCUCGGGGAACCGGGAGAAAGUCGGAGGCACCUACUCUAUCCACUGGAUGGCGGCCGUUGUACAGUAUUGCUUUCCAUGUUGUGUACGACGCCUUUUCUGUCUACGUGCGGUUCAGUUGUGUCGCCUGUAAUGCAGCCACGUGCUCAAUGUAUUGGCUCAAGGGUGCUGUGUAACUCCGGAUCUGUCUAGUGUUCACCAGGGCGUAGGGCAACCGAACGACGUUUAAAAGCAUUGCGGCUUCGGCAACCCGGUGUCGCAUCCCCGGGGUGCUUCUGUCGUUUGAAUGGGCCAAGAAGGGGUGAUACGGAGGGGCGAAAAGGGGACUGGAGCCUGCAUUUAUUUCGUACGGACAG